UAUAGAAAACAAAAGAAGAAGAAGACGAAGAAACAAGGAGAAGAAAUAAGAGAAUACACGAUUAUUUGUUGUUUAACAAAUUGAGAGAAGGAUAUAUAAAGGAAGAUUGAUAAAUAAUUGGCCCCAAAGAAAGUGGAGAAGGGUAUUUAUUUCGAAGUAUAAAGAAAAAGGGAAAAGGAAAAAAUAAUAAAAUAAAAAGGAACGAAGACAGGAGAAGACAGAAAGAAAGAAAGAAAGGAAGGAAGGAAGAAAGAAAAAAGAAGAAGAAGAAGUGGUCGAUAAGUGCGCGUUCGCGACGCUUCAACAUCCGGCCCCGGUUGUGUUGUUUUACCUGUUUCUAAGAACAAUUAUUCGUCGGCAUUCUUUUAUUUUUUUCUUUUUAUUUUAUUUCUUUCGCGAGGAUAUUAUUACGAUAAUAUUUAAAAAUAAAGAGAGAGAGGAGAGUAUAUAGGAGAGGGUGUGACAAACAAAUACGGCCAAUUUGAAAGAUAAUAUUAUUAUUGCUAUUAUUAUUGCCAUUAUUAUUAUUAUUAUUAUUAUUUUAAUUUUUCUUCGCAUUAUUAUUAUUAUUAUUUGUUUGAUUUUAAAGAAAGUAAGAAAAAAGGUGCACGAGAAUGCGCGGCUGCGGCUGCGGCUGCUACACUAUACGUCGUUGGACGAAUUCUCGAAAGAUCAUCCGUAAUAAUAAUAAUAAUUAAAAAAAUAUUAUCUCUAAGACACAUAUAUAAACGCGCGUAAUAAAUAAUAUCGUUAAUAAAGUGCGGAUUCGAAGAAAAGUUGUUAAUCGAGGAAGGAAAAAGGAUUAUUAAUCGGGUCCUUUAGAUUGCGGUUCUAAUCGCGUCCACCACGCGUUGUGUUCCUUUGGCAAUGAAAAAAAGUAUAACGCGCGAAACGCGAAACCGAAUAGCUGCGCUUUCGCGAGUUAUGACCAUGACUCUUAGUCGGAACGUUUACGAAGAUUCCAGCGAGGACGAAGCAGGUGGUGCGGACGUAGGCACGAAGGUGAAGACGGCGACAGCCGAAGGUUGUGCCGCUGAAGCCACGUCGGCCGUACUCGACGAGGAUGCCGGCGGUGGCUGUGGCGGUGGUGAUGGUGUUGGUGGUGGUGUUGGUGCCGGUGGUGCCGGUGCCGGUUCCGGUCAACAAAUUCUUGGAAUCGGCAUCGGCGGUGGUGUCGGCGGCCUCAGCAACGAUGGAGUCAAUCGAAGAAUUAAUAGUGGUGGUGGUGGUGGUGGUGGUGGUAGUAGUAAUAUUAGUAGUGUCGAAGGUGCCGAUGAUAACGAGGAAGGACCAAAGAUAAAACAAGAAAACGGCCAAACUUGUUCACACUGCGGUAUACACUUCCGGAACGCUCACGUACUUCAACUUCAUAUGGAGGAUGCACACAAGACGUUGUUGUAUUCGUCAGACAAAAAUGAUCUUAACGCACAAUUUUCACAAGUGUCGUGCAAAGUGUGCAACAAAACUUUCGCCAAUGUCUACAGAUUACAAAGGCAUAUGAUCAGCCACGACGAAAGUGCUGUCUUGAGAAAAUUCAAGUGUCCGCAUUGUGAGAAAGCAUUCAAAUUUAAACAUCAUCUUAAGGAACAUUUGCGUAUACACAGCGGCGAGAAACCGUUUCAAUGUAACAACUGCGGCAAAAGAUUUUCGCAUUCUGGUUCUUAUUCGAGUCAUAUGACUUCGAAAAAAUGCUUAAUCGUUAAUUUGAAGAAGUCUAGACAAAACAGCAGCAACAUCGGUAAUAUAGAAAAAUGUUCGAAGAAAACGCCCACGCAAUCGGUUCCUGGCGUCAGACGCGAUGAUACAUUUCUUGCGGCUAACAAUAAUACUUUUUUACCGAUACUGCCAAAGCUUUCUCCUUCGGAUUAUCAAGAAAUACGAGAAGGUGGUGGUAUUUACGACGGACCAAGUCUUUUACCCUCGAUGAUGGGUUUUACCAAUUACUUCCUACAAUCCUCAUUGGGAAAGAUAUUAAAUCAAGUGCAUUCCAAACGGCUCGACGAAAUAGCAGAAAAAUUUGAGACCCAUCGAGAAACGAUGAGUCCAUUGACUGCAGAUUCGGAGGGUACGGAAGGUACAGAAGGGAAGGAAUCACCUGCUCCGAUUGGAUCGCGAGGGUUGGACGCUGUUCGUCGUAUUUUAGAGACUGUCAAUACCUCUGUCACUAAGGAAUUGUUAGAAGAAAAUGUUAAAAAAUUGUCUACCUCAAUAUUCAGUUCUCCUAUAAUGAGACGAGAAUUGGAAAACGAGCUUGGAGAAUAUCAUGAUCAGGAUAGCGAAAUAUCGAACGAGAUGCCCCAUUAUGAUUGGUCGUUAACAACGGAUCAGUAUGAUUCUCAAAGCGAAGGUUUAGCUGCCAAAUUGGAAGAUGCUAAUCAACCGCAAGGUGUGACCACCAGGUUAUCUUCUAAAAGAAAAGCUGACGAUAGUUCCGAGCAGGAUACCGAUGACGAAGAAGAUAGCAAUCAAACGCAUACGGAGAAUGGUAGAAGAGUAAGGGCGAGGUCUUUGAUAGACGAUGAACAAUUGGCUGUUCUCAAAGGUUACUAUGCUAUCAAUCCGAGGCCAAAGAAAGAGGAAAUUAUUAUGAUUGCGAAUUAUAUUAAUUUCUCAACUCGUGUCGUCCAGGUUUGGUUUCAGAAUUCUCGUGCAAGGGAUCGUAGAGAAUCGAGAAUUCCAGCAUUGUUACCACUUUCAAGUCCAACAACCUUUGAACAACCCUUGGAUUUGUCGAAGAAAGAUGUCCUAACGAUAUCCCUCGUAAAAGAUGGCGAUACAUCUAAUGGAAAUAUUGCUUCUCCUCCUUGCGAAAAAAAAGAAGACACUUCUUCGACUGUUGCAAAUCAAGAAACUGACGAUCUCGAGGAUUCGCCUCUUGUUAUCGACGAAGAAAUGAACGAUUCUGUCGAAUCGAAACGUAUGCCUUCCGUGCUCGAUGUUUCGCAAAAGAGCCAAAAUCUUGGGAACGCCAAAAAGGAAAAUGAGAAUCCAGUUAAGAUCGAACCGCCUACCACAACAGACACCGAACAAGGACUUUAUUUUUGUGAUCGUUGCGACAAAACUUUUUCGAAACAUAGUUCACUCGCGAGACACAAGUAUGAACAUUCCGGGCAAAGGCCACACAAAUGUGUGGAGUGUACAAGAGCGUUCAAGCAUAAACAUCAUCUAACCGAACAUAAGCGGUUGCACAGUGGCGAAAAACCCUUUCAGUGCUCCAAGUGCCUCAAACGCUUUUCUCACUCCGGCUCCUACAGCCAACACAUGAAUCACCGUUCCUCUUACUGUAAACCUUACAGAGAGUAAAUUUUGUCUUCGUUCCCCUGAACCCCCAAUCCCCACCACCCCAUCCCACCCACGUUCGCGCUUCGUUGGCCGUGUGUUAUUCUUUAUUUUAUUUUAUAUAUUUUCUAAUGAUAAUUAUACUAAAAUGGAAAGAAACACAAUUGCAUUUAAGUUUUCUAUUUUUUCUCUUUCCGUUCUCUGAUUAUAGAAAAAAAAAUUCAGUUGAAGAAGAAGUAAUCUCGCAUAAAUUCGAGGCAACAAAAAGAAGGUUUCCUUUUUUUAGUUUUUUUUUUACUUUUACCUCGUAUUUCUUUUUUUUUUUUUUUUUUUUAAAUUGCACGCACUUUUUUAUUUAUUUAUUUUUUGUUUUUUAAAUCGAAUCGAUAAUAGAACAAUAAACGCGAAUAAUGCAAAAUUAAUGAGCUACAAAUAUCAUCGCGGGUGGUGUGUUGGUUCUAAAAUAUAUAACAAUAUUAUAUAUUUUUUAUUACUUUUAAAACGAUAUUAUAUAAAGUAUAUAUUUCUCGAUUAUUAUUAACAGUGUUUUUUUUUUUUUUGUGCCAACUGUAAUAUUAAACGUGUGCCCACGAGGAGAUGAACGAUACGACACCCUCACCACUCUCUCUACUACCGCCCCUUUUUCCUGUAAACGUUUUUAAGAAGGGGUGGGUUCGCGUCGUUAUGUACUUGAACUUUUCCAAGUUCUCUCGGUGUCGAUACGCAAACGAAAAUGUAUAACUUUGUCCCAUCAACAACAACUUUGAUGAAGAAUAUUAUAAAGUUGCCGAGUGUUGUUGUAUGCGUAUCGACAAAUUAUAAUUAAUAUAUAGAUAUAUAUAUAAAUUUAAUAACGUAACGGUACCAAAAAUGCAUAAUGCAAUAAUCUCUUACUAUAAACUUAAACGAAAAGAAGAAAAAAAAACAAAUAAAACAAAACCACGUUCGCGUACGCAUAUACACACACACACGCAGAAAAUAGGUAAAAAACAUAAAAAGUGUGUUUGUGCGUGUGCAUGAUGUGUGUAUAUGAUAAACUCUUACAUAAUAUUAUACAUAUAUAAAUAUACAUAUACCGAAACGGU